GGCUGGCAAGGGCUGGGAGGCCGAGGGGAGCGGGCCGGGGAGCGGAUCCUUCCGCCUGCGGUAUUGGUGCUACGGCAGCGCAGCUGCCAUUUUGAAUGCCUGGCUCCGGCUGCCGCCGCUUUCUCCCCUUCAGGGACCAGUCCGAGGAUGCCAGCCCCUAUCAGACUGCGAGAGUUGAUCCGGACCAUCCGGACAGCAAGAACCCAGGCAGAAGAGCGUGAGAUGAUCCAAAAGGAGUGUGCUGCUAUCCGGUCAUCCUUCCGAGAGGAAGAUAACACAUACCGGUGCAGAAAUGUGGCAAAGCUGCUGUAUAUGCACAUGCUGGGAUACCCUGCACAUUUUGGACAGUUGGAGUGCCUCAAGCUCAUUGCCUCUCAGAAAUUCACAGAUAAGCGCAUUGGGUAUUUAGGUGCCAUGUUGCUGCUGGAUGAGAGACAGGAUGUUCAUCUUCUUAUGACCAAUUGCAUCAAGAAUGACCUUAAUCACAGCACGCAGUAUGUACAGGGGCUGGCACUCUGCACUCUUGGCUGCAUGGGCUCCUCAGAAAUGUGCAGAGACCUUGCAGGAGAGGUGGAAAAGCUCCUCAAAACAUCCAACUCCUAUCUUAGGAAGAAGGCAGCAUUGUGUGCUGUUCAUGUUAUUAGAAAGGUUCCUGAACUCAUGGAGAUGUUCCUGCCAGCCACCAAAAACUUGCUGAAUGAGAAGAACCAUGGUGUUCUUCACACAUCAGUUGUCCUCCUCACAGAGAUGUGUGAGAGAAGCCCAGACAUGCUUGUACACUUUAGAAAGCUUGUUCCCCAAUUAGUUCGUAUUCUGAAGAACCUUAUAAUGUCUGGAUAUUCACCAGAGCAUGAUGUGUCUGGGAUCAGUGACCCCUUUUUGCAGGUACGAAUCCUGCGGUUACUAAGAAUUUUAGGACGAAAUGAUGAUGAUUCUAGUGAAGCAAUGAAUGAUAUACUUGCACAGGUUGCCACUAAUACAGAAACAAGUAAAAAUGUGGGAAAUGCCAUUCUCUAUGAAACUGUGCUGACGAUUAUGGACAUAAAAUCUGAAAGUGGGCUCCGAGUGUUGGCUAUUAACAUCCUGGGCCGUUUCUUAUUAAACAAUGACAAAAAUAUUAGAUAUGUAGCUUUGACAUCAUUGUUGAAAACUGUACAGACAGACCAUAAUGCAGUACAGCGGCAUAGAAGCACUAUUGUCGACUGCCUAAAGGAUUUGGAUGUCUCCAUUAAAAGGCGUGCAAUGGAACUGAGUUUUGCUCUUGUUAAUGGGAAUAAUGUCCGUGGAAUGAUGAAGGAGUUACUGUAUUUCCUAGAUUCCUGUGAACCAGAGUUCAAAGCAGACUGUGCAUCUGGAAUAUUUCUUGCAUCUGAAAAAUAUGCUCCUUCCAAACGCUGGCACAUAGACACAAUUAUGAGAGUCUUAACAAUGGCAGGAAGUUAUGUUCGUGAUGAUGCUGUUCCCAAUCUGAUUCAGCUAAUAACUAACAGUGUGGAGAUGCAUGCCUACACUGUGCAGAGACUCUACAAAGCCAUCCUUGGUGAUUACUCCCAGCAACCCCUGGUGCAAGUGGCCUCUUGGUGCAUAGGAGAGUAUGGAGAUCUUCUGGUGUCUGGUCAGUGUGAAGAGGAACCACCAAUACAGGUAACAGAGGAUGAAGUUCUUGAUAUUUUAGAAAGCAUCCUGAUAUCUAAUAUGUCUGCAUCUGUUACACGAGGCUAUACUCUCACUGCCAUCAUGAAACUUUCCACAAGGUUUACCUGCAAUGUCAAUCGCGUUAAGAAGAUAGUUUCCAUUUACAGCAGCAGCAUUGAUGUGGAGCUACAGCAGAGGGCAGUGGAAUAUAAUGCACUUUUCAAGAAAUAUGAUCACAUGAGGCCAGCCCUGCUUGAGAGAAUGCCAGUAAUGGAGAAAGUCACCAUAAAUGGCCCUACUGAGAUUGUACAGUCCAACGGAGAGACAGAGUCAGCAGUACUGGAAACCAAAUCUCCACUCUCUGGAUUGCAGCCUCUUAGCCAGGUAAAUGAUUUAUUGGACUUGUUGGGGGGAAGUGAUAUAACACCUGUAAUCCCCACUGCACCUACAAGCAAGCCAGAUUCUACUGGUGGGGAGCUCCUUGACCUCCUGGGGGACCUCAACCUGACAGGUUCUCCAGUAUCUGCCCCUGUGCCCCAGAUAACACAUCCUCCGUUCCUGCUUGAUGGACUUCCAGCACAGCCUCUCUUCAGUGAUAUUGCUGCAGGAAUCCCCUCAAUUACUGCAUACAACAAGAACGGGAUGAAGAUUGACUUCACCUUUGAGAGGUCAAACACCAACCCUAGUGUCACUGUAAUCACAAUACAGGCCUCCAACAGCACAGAGCUGGAUAUGACAGAUUUUGUUUUCCAAGCUGCAGUACCAAAGACAUUCCAGCUGCAGCUCCUGUCUCCCAGUAGCAGUGUCAUCCCUGCAUUUAAUUCAGGGACCAUCACACAGGUCAUUAAAGUCCUGAAUCCACAAAAGCAACAACUACGUAUGCGGAUCAAGUUGACAUAUAAUCACAAGGGCUCAGCGAUACAAGAUCUAGCAGAAGUCAACAACUUCCCCCCUCAGUCUUGGCAGUGAGGCUCCAUUCUUAUUCUCACCCCACCCAAUCAAAAGAACUCUGGGAAGAAGGUUGUGAUCCUUGGCAAUCUCCCAAACUGCACCAUGGGCAUGGGGAACAGAUGAGACCUGCUGAUGAGGAGGAAUUUUCCUGAAGUGAUGGCUGACUUUGAAGCAUAUCUGUUAAAACUAAUCUCCUUUCCUCUGCUGAUGAGGCUGGCAGCUUGUGGAGGCUACUGUGCAUUCCUUCACACAUGCAUUCAUAGCCAGAAGCAACAUUCCCUUCUCCCCUUCCUCAUCUCUGCCCCCUGCAAAGAAACACAGCCUGGUUGGAAGAGAAGUCUGGAAUUUCUAUCAGGGAAACUUUCUUGUCUGCAGCAGAUGAACAGCUACCCCUUCUUUCUGCUGUCUCUUUCCCCUGGGGUGGGCAAGGUGUGUUGUCCUUCAUUACUAGCUGGAUUCCUUCAGGCACUUUCAUCUGGGGCUCAGAUUGGGGACUUAGGGAACACCAGGCUGCUUUGCCUCUUUAUUCUUGUAUCCCCUAUGUCUGAUGGGGCUGGGGACUGCUUAUGGCCUAUUCAGUGCAUUAUUGUAUACACCCACCUCUUAGUUAUGUGAUACAUAUCGAGAGCAAGAUAGGCAUUGGGAGUUCAUUUGCAGACCUAGAACAGUGCAGGAAAAGAGGUGUUGGUGAGAGCUGAUAAAAUUGCUUUGGUGCUGUACUUGGAAAUUAAGACCUUACACCUGAAUUUUCUUUCUUUACAUCAAUAGCUACAGCCAUGCAGAUUCAGACAAGCAUUCCCAAAAAGUGUUGUGAUAUAUGAGAGAUGCAGAGAUCCAAGGAGAAGCUGUUUUUUUACCAAAGAUGGUUUCAAAGCCUUUUUAACCCAUUAGUAGCGAUUUAUGGGUAGAAAAGACAUUCAGUUUUGUAGAUCAGUCUUUGAGCAAGGGCUCUGUUCCUGCUGGGAGACUCAUCAGAGACUAUGCUGCAAAGUUGCCCUUCCCAGUUAUUCCAGACCUUCUCUGCAAUUUAAUUUCCAGAACCCAUUGUAGACCCCCUGGAUUCUGUUUGAGUUACUUCUGACUGGGAUAUUUGUGUUGUAUCUGUAAUAUUGGGACUGAAAUAAAGACGAUGCGGUUUAAAGAGA